AUGUCAAACUACAUAUUACUAGUGUUGCACUUCUUUGUGGUCAGUUUGAGCUGUAGUUACGUUAAUGUCUUCAAAAUCCCGAUGCCUUUGAUUAUGAUAUUCAGAGCUCGUCGCUACAGUGCCUCCAAAUACAUAUCGGUUCUCAUUAUAACAAUCGGUAUAAUUAUUUGCACAUUGGCUUCGGUUCGCGAUACGGAUAAAAGCCAUUCAAAUGAGACGAUAUCGUCGUUUGAUUGGACGUUUGGUAUACUAUUAUUGCUGUUCUCAUUGUUUGUAUCGGCAAAUACGGGUAUUUUUCAGGAGAAACUGUUCCAACAGUUUGGCAAACAUCCACGCGAAGCACUCUUUUAUACUCAUUUUCUUCAAUUUCCCGGUUUCCUGCUCUUGACGUCAGACAUCGCCAAUCAUUUUGUCAUUUUUAACAAUUCUAGUCCUUAUUUAAUUGAUUUGUCUCUAUUCUCGAUAUCUGUGCCUAAAUUAUGGCUAUUAUUGAUAUUGAAUUGUUUGACACAAUAUAUAUGUAUACGAAGUGUAUUCCGAUUGACCACAGAAUGCACUUCAUUGACAGUAACACUUGUGGUGACAAUCAGAAAGUUUUUAUCGUUAAUUGUAUCGAUAGUUUAUUUCCAAAACCCAUUUACAGCUAGUCAUUGGUUGGGAACAGUGUUAGUAUUUGUGGGAACCCUUCUCUUUGUUGACAUUCCGUUCAGAUUUUAUAAGAUUAAAAAAUAA